AACGGAGACGAGAGACGCCAUUACAGGGUGGAGAAUCUCUGCUAUAAACAUAAAAUAAGAAGGAUUAUAAUCGGUAAUUUAAAGAGACACAGAUUCGGUGAGUCCAGCUGUUUAAAGAUAUUCACAUAUCAGAGCAAAUGGCUGAGAAAAUAGUUCUUGUUGAAAGUUUCCUGAACUGCCAUGUUUGUUCAGAGACUUUCAGAGAUCCUGUGUCUCUGAGCUGCAACCACAGCUUCUGUUCAAGCUGCCUGCAGAAAUUCUGGAAACAAGCUAAAAACAAAAACUGUCCCAUUUGUAAAAGAAAAUCCUCAAAAGAAUUUCCUUGGGUGAACUUUCCACUGAAGGAACUGGCUGACUCCUUUGCUGAGAGACAGAAAACUGGAUCAUCUGAGACAGAAAAAGGAGAGAAGAAGGUGGAGGUGGUGUGUAGUAAACAUGGAGAAGAGCCUAAACUGUUCUGUGAGGAUGAAGAGAGAGUUGUGUGUCCUGUCUGUGAGUUUUCUCUCCACCAGAGUCACAAGGUGGUUCCUGUAGAACAAGCAGUCAGUGACCUGAAGGACCAGCUGAGAUCUGACUUAGAGUCUCUGCAGGACAAGAGGGACAAACACAAACAAGUGGAGAAAACAUACAAUGAAAUGAUUCAACACUCCAAGAAGCAGCUGUUGUCCACAGAGAGGCAGAUCAGAGCAGAGUUCAACAAGCUCCACCAGUUCCUGAAAGAGGAAGAGGAGUCCAGACUGGCAGCUCUGAGGGAGGAAGAGGAGCAGAAGGGGAAGACCAUCAGCAGAGAGAUGAAGAUGAUUCAGGAGCAGAUCUCCUCUCUGUCAGACAGUAUCUCUGCUGUUGAAGAAGACCUGCAGAAACACAAGGUGUCAUUCCUCAGCAGUUAUAAAGCCACUCAGACCAGAGCCAGAGUCCAGUGCUCACUGUCAGAUCCACAGCUGGUCUCAGGAGCGCUGAUAGAUGUGGCCAAACACCUGGGCAACCUGUCCUUCAGAGUCUGGGAGAAGAUGAAGGACAAGGUCCACUUCAGUCCUGUCAUUCUGGACCCAAACACUGCAGCCCACUGUCUCUAUCUGUCUGAUGAUCUGACCAGUGUGAGACGUGGAGACACAAACCAGCAGCUUCCUGACAAUCCAGAGAGAAACACUAAGUAUGCAGAUGUUCUGGGCUCUGAGGGCUUCAGCUCAGGGAAACACAGCUGGGAGGUGGAGGUGGGAGACCAUCCUGACUGGACUGUAGGUUUGGUUAAAGAGUCAGUUGACAGGAAGGGAAAGCGAUCUGCCUCACCAGAAUAUGGAGAGUGGAGUUUAUCACAUCGCAGUGGAAAAUACACUCAUGGAGCUGGUGAGACUGUCAGAGUGAAGAAGAGUCUCCAGAGGAUCAGAGUCCAGCUGGACUAUGACAGGGGGGAGGUGUCCUUCUACGACCCUGAAGACAUGACUCACAUCUGCACUCACAGAGACACUUUCACUGAGAAACUCUUCCCAUAUUUCUAUAUUGGAAAGGCUGGUGAUGCUAAAACUGCUGAUAUCAAAAUCUGUCCAACUGAUAUUUCUCUGUGAUGUUGAGACAUGUUAGUGUUUGUUAAGACUUUAGUCUGACUUCACUGAGUGUCAAGAUCUCAUUUAUAUAAAUACAAACAACAGUUACAACAGAAAAUCCAUAUGUACUCCACACAGAAGCUGGAUGACGUUAUCACAUUAUAAACCUUACAGGUAUAUAAAAUGAUUUUAUCUUUGUAUAUUGUUUUUAGGCAAUUUACUUUAAAAACACGACCACAAAAAUUAUUGUUUUAAUUUAAAAUGCUUUUAAUUAAAUCAUUAAGUGUUCAGUUUUGUUUAGUUUAGCUAAUAUCUACAGAGAUGGUCUCUCCUGCUUUUGAUUUCCAUUUAUUUUAAUGUUUUUUAUCAGGAUAUUUGUUUAUGUUGUUUUCUAUACUCUGAUUGCAAUGAUGCUCUUUUGAAUACGUUUGAUCUACAAAAAAAGUGUGGCUGAGUAAUGCUUAAACUGUAUCACAUCAUCAGAAAACCAACUUUAAAAAAUCUGUUAAUUAUUCUGGUUAUCAGCAUCUGGUUUUAGUUUCUUAUAUUCUUGGGUCAUCUGAUGAGUUAUUUCAGUUUAGAUCUGUUGUUUAUCUCAGAGGGAAUAACUGGAUUGAUUGUGUGUGUUUUUUAAGAUAAAGCUUUAUUCAUCUCAGGGAAAUUGCUGUGCAGCAGUUGUAAUAUAAAGUAUGAAGAGUGUAAAUAUCAAGUGAACAAACUGCAUAUAAAGAAACCUGAAUCGACCUCAUACCUCUCUGAUGAAGACUAAAUGUUUAACUGUAACUACUGUCCCAAAUGAAUAAUGCAAAAUGAUUUCCAGCUUUGUUUAUUGUUUUCAUGCAACGUAUUGUAAAAAAAAAAAAAGGAA